AUGGAGAGCAGUAGUACGGAAAGGGACGGAGAAAGAUCUGUUUUUCUCAUGAGUGUCACUGUUAUCAUUCCGGCAGCAAGAGGACUUGAGAAAAAUCAGAUACCCUGUUGGCUAAAGCAGCACCCCAAAGGUCAUUCAAUAUUACUCGAGUUAUUACAUCAUCUAACCCUUGAAAACGUGAAAGCGGUAUUCUUAGCUGUCUUAAAGGAACAUAUAUUUGAGUUUUGCAACGGGGAUGUUUCAAAAUUUGAAGCAUACGCAGCAAAAGCUGUUUCAAACGAUAAUAUUGAAUUCAAAGUUAUUAGUAUUGAUGGAACAAGUAGUGCUCCAGAAACCGUUUCUGCAAUAAUAAAAGAUCAAAGAAUAUCAGGUCCAAUAUUUAUAAAAGAUGUUGAUAGCUGUUUUAGCCAUCGAGUGCUUGUCGGUAAUUAUGUUGUGGGUCUCCGUUUGCGUGAUGUGCCGAACCUUAUUGACAUACCACAACGUUCAUUCAUUGAAGCUACUGGUACUUUUCUUGGUAAUAUACACGAAAAACGCGUUACAAGUGAUGUUAUUUGUGCGGGGGGAUACGCAUUUGAGGAUGCAAAACUUUUUCUUUCUUCUGUAGAAGAGUUAAAACAUCGAAGAGACGAUGGUUAUCGUCUUCUUUUUGGAUCUUGUCCUGGAAAAAAUGAGAGAAUGUUUGUUUCUCAUGUUAUUCGUCAUCAGAUGUUUCACGACAGAGUUCCAUUUGGUGUGGUUUUUACUCAGUUUUUUUGUGAUUGGAAAUCUGAUCUCAGUUGGAAUCAGUUUCUAAGUGAAUGGCGUAGUGUACACGUUGUUUUGGAAUCUGCGAUAAUGACUAUGAAUAAUGAGAGUGAUCUGACGGCGAAGUACGUAAGACGACUUGAUACUUGGAACAUAAAUACUGAGGUUGUUGAACAAUUAAGGCAAUUCAAUCGUGAGACCACAAGGAUAAUUCUUUUCACGCAGUGUUCAAGAGAAAAUUCUGAUGAUGUCUAUGGGUUUUUGCAGAAACACAAGAUACCUUAUGAUGAUGUGGUGUUUUCUUUUCAAGGUUCGUUGCAUCCUUCAAAAAGUUUUAUUGUUUACUGA